ACUACGCCAGCGCGGCGCCGGACUACGCCAGCCUGCCGCCGCUGUCGGCGAUCAGCGCGUCCGACGGGCCCGCCUCGCUGCCUGUCCUGCCGCAGCACCGGCACGCCAAGAACAAGGACAAGCAGACCUUCCUGUCCGGCGUGCGCAACUGGAUCCGCGCGCGCAAGGAGGUAGCGCGCGGCCACGAGGACAUGGUUCACGUGGCGCGUCAGGAGCCGGAGGGUGCGCCGGCCGCCGCGCGGGAGCCGCACGACGGCUUCCGACAGGAGAUCCUCUCGGCCGCCCGCCGGCGCAGCGGCCGGCCACCCGAUAAGCGCAAGUCCAUCUACAAACAGGUGGCCGAGUUCACGGAGGACGUGAGUGACCUGAGCGGGGUGAACAGCCCGGAGUCGGAGCGGGGUCCUCCGUCCCUGUCCGGCUCGGCACCGCGUCAGCCCAGCAGCGGCUAUGAGUCGUCGCCUCCGCUGGACUCGGCAAAGCGGCUCACACAGGAGCUGUCCGAGUACCGGCAGGAGCGGCGCGACUACCGCGACUACGGCGACUACCGGCCGCCGGCCGCCCGGCCGCACGACCCGCUUCCCGGCAGGGGUGUGCCGUUCGGCGAAGUGUUUGGCCCGGCGCGGCAGGGCCGGCGUACGCCCGCCUCCAUCUACAGCGACGUGCACAGCCGAGCCGCCCACGCGGCCAGGAAUCACGUGGCGACGACCGACCCGUACGCCGAGACGCAGCCGCUGCGCACCGCGCCCAUGCACAAUAACUACCGGCGCGAGUUCGCGCUGGGCUCGGCCGCCAGCCCGCUGGCUGCCGGCGCCGACGCCGAGGAAGCCGGUCGCCAGGCGAGUGCCGCCGGCGAAGAGGCCGGCCAGGCGGCGGAGAGAGGGCUCUGA